AUGUUCAACAUGGUUGGCUUUAUCGACCCUGCUCAAGUUAGUGCCAACGCUGGGUCACUAACUAACAGAUCACGAUUGGUAGCCAGUCGACUUCAGAAGACAGAUGGUGAACAGAUUUUCAUGAUGCCUUACAAUCCAGGGUUAGUCUCCUUAACAGGAUUUUGUUUGUAUGAUGCACUGCGUAUAAAACUGUUUAACUAA